AUGUCUUCGUACGCCCUUUCCAACAACCAUAAGGAUCUCAUUGAAGCCUCCCUCCACGACCUCGACCCCGAGGUCGAGGGCAUCAUGAAGGACGAGAUUGACCGACAGAAGCACUCCAUCGUCCUCAUUGCCUCCGAAAACUUCACCUCCAAGUCUGUUUUCGACGCCCUUGGAUCUCCCAUGUGCAACAAGUACUCCGAGGGAUACCCCGGCGCCCGAUACUACGGUGGUAACCAGCACAUUGACCGAAUCGAGACUCUGUGCCAGAACCGAGCCCUCAAGGCCUUCGGCGUCACCCCCGACAAGUGGGGCGUCAACGUCCAGACCCUGUCUGGCUCUCCCGCAAACCUCCAGGUCUAUCAGGCCAUCAUGAAGCCCCACGAUCGACUCAUGGGUCUUGAUCUGCCCCACGGAGGCCAUCUUUCUCACGGUUACCAGACCGACAACCGAAAGAUCUCCGCCGUCUCCACCUACUUCGAGACCAUGCCCUACCGAGUCGACCUCGAGACCGGCAUCAUCGACUACGACAUGCUCGAGAAGACCGCCAUCCUCUAUCGACCCAAGGUUCUGGUUGCCGGAACCUCCGCUUACUGCCGACUCAUUGACUACAAGCGAAUGCGAGAGAUUGCCGACAAGGUUGGCGCUUACCUCGUUGUCGACAUGGCCCAUAUUUCCGGCCUGAUCGCCGCCGGUGUCAUCCCCUCUCCCUUUGAGUACGCUGACAUUGUCACCACCACCACCCACAAGUCUCUGCGAGGCCCCCGAGGUGCCAUGAUCUUUUUCCGACGAGGUGUCCGAUCCGUCGACCCCAAGACUGGUAAGGAGAUUCUCUACGACCUUGAGAACCCCAUCAACUUUUCCGUCUUCCCCGGCCACCAGGGAGGUCCCCACAACCACACCAUCACCGCUCUGGCCGUUGCCCUGAAGCAGGCUGCUGACCCCACUUUCCGGGAGUACCAGGAGCAGGUUCUCAAGAACGCCAAGGCUCUGGAGACCGAGUUCAACAAGCUCGGUUACAACCUCGUGUCCGGCGGAACCGACUCCCACAUGGUUCUGGUUUCCCUGCGAGACAAGGGCAUUGACGGUGCUCGAGUCGAGACUGUUUGCGAGCAGAUCAACAUUGCUCUCAACAAGAACUCCAUCCCCGGUGACAAGUCUGCCCUUGUCCCCGGUGGUGUCCGAAUCGGUGCUCCCGCCAUGUCCACCCGAGGCUUCGGCGAGGAGGACUUCAAGAAGAUUGCCAACUACAUCUCGCAAGCCGUCGAUCUCGCCAUUGAGAUCCAGCAGGGACUGCCCAAGGAGGCCAACAAGCUCAAGGACUUCAAGGCUGCUGCCCAGGCUGGUGGCAACCCCAAGAUCGAGGCUCUCAAGACCGAGAUCUCCAACUGGGCCGGCCAGUUCCCUCUGCCCGUUUAA